UCUAUGUUAUUGAAGUGUCGUGUAUUUUAACAGAAAACAAGUUUUUAGCUGUUAUUAUAUUAAAUCCUAUCUAAUUUCCCAUUCCUAAUAAGUAAUUGCAACUUCAAAAAUGGGAGAAGUAUCAUUUGAAACAAGUGCCUACGCUAAAAUUAUACUACAUGCAGUGAAAUAUUCUCAAUGUGCUGUGAACGGAAUACUACUAGCGGAUGGAAGCAAAAUUAAAGAGGGGUCUAAGAAUCCCGACCUGCAUAUUGUGGAUACGAUGCCCUUAUUUCACCAUAGCCAUAGUUUAUCGCCAAUGGCUGAGGUCGCUUUAACACAGAUUGAAGCAUUAGCGCAAGCCGACAAUCGCGUGAUAGCCGGUUACUAUGCAGGCUGUGAGAACUUUAACGACAACACUGUGGAGAAGUGUCCAGGUCAGAAGAUUGCUGAGAAAAUUGCUGAACACUUCCCAUCCGCUGUGUUUAUUGUGGUGGACAACAAAAGGCUAGUUAGACACUUGGUUACACCAGCAAUUAAGAUUUACAGAUACAGUGAAGGGAAGUGGAAACCACAGGACACAAAUAAAGUGUUAUUCCAAACACCUCUAGUACUAGAAACGGUGUCUCAUCUCUUGCAAUGGGAAGUAUAUAAAGAGUUGGUGGACUUCGAUAAUUAUCUAGAUGACCUCACACAAGAUUGGAGCAAUCUGGGUAUUGAGAAAGUGGUAUCAAGCAUUAACGCUGUUAACACUAUAGAUAGUAAGUAAUUAUAGAUUCUUCGGUUUUUUUUUUUGUGACUGGUAAAUGAUGUAAGUGCAACAUUUAUAUAUAAAUUUAUCAGUUCUGGUAUAGGCAUUGAAAACUAGCAAAUUAUAUUAUUUAGGAAAGUUAUUUAAGUGAAUAUUGAAUAGCAUCUUUUUCUAAGCAAUCUGUCUUAUAUGUGGUCUUAUAUAAAGAACGAGGGAUGUAAACAAAAUGUGGGGUGGAAGGUAUUUGAAAUAUUGUAUGUGAUUUGUGGUCAACUCAGAAUUACUGGCGGAGGUACAUUUUGUACAUUCUUUAAUUUCUACAUUUUCAAUAAUUUUACCAAAUUUUCUAUACAGACAAUAUAAGCGUAUUAUGUAGGUAUGCUAAGAUUUUUAUACAAUCUGGGAUGUGAAAUAUCUAUGCACUAUGUUCAUUUUAUUAUGUAAGAAUUGAUUAUUUUAAUUUACUUGUAUUUUAUUCUACAAUUAAUAUGUUUAUUAUAUGAAAGAUGUGCCUGUUACAAAUAUGUAAAAAUAUGAUGAAUAUUAUUUAUUUCUCGUAAUGUGUUAAUGAAACAAUGCAAAUAAUA